CGGCUGUACGGAAUUGCGCAUUCACUGCUAGGGCAACUUCUAUACUAAUUUCACCCCCAAGUUGCCCCAUACCUCCAUCUCAGUCUUGAGACUUUUUUCUCAGAGGCCAGCCAAUACCAGUCGGAGGGCAACGUGCGAUUCUGGCACGUUGAUAGACAGGCGGCUUUUACGGCGGCCGGCCCUGGUUUCCUUUGGCCUCAGAUCACGCAAGUAUCCCGCAAUACUUGCUCUUGCUUCCGCAGACCAGUACAUACUGCCGCGUGCAACUAUUGCCUGCUGGCCGCGUAAUCGGCAAUAUGACUACCAUGCAAAAUGCGAGGCCCGUAGGCCGCGCGAGGGCGGAUAGUCUGUCCCGCAUGUUGGAGUUGGAGCAGAAAUACAAGCUGCAGCGUCUCCAAGACAAUGACUCAACACCACCCCUCAUACCGCUUGGACGUGCCAAUACAAGAUCAGCAUCUUCCGCACAGCCAGAUCCGGCACUGAAAGCUCGGCGUGCAAGUGCCCACCCACCAGUCUCCCACCAAAACACACACAUGAUCAUGAAAACCAUCCGCAGGAACUCCGGCCUGCCGCCGCUUUCAAUAUCUGUGCCCCCUUCCUUGACCUCAACCUCCGUCUUGGCCGUGAGAGCACGUGACCCAGAAGCAGCCUUCCACGCACUUGGUUCCCCAGGAAGCCGGCCAACGGACACUUUGGAACGAGGCAAGACUGUAACGUUUUCAGAACCAGAAGAAGACGACGACGACGCAUCUGAUCAGUCAUCUAUAUGCCAGUCGCCAAGUUGGCAAGUCUACGGACAGAAGAAGCAAAAGUCAAAGAAAGGCGAGACUGCGCAAAAGAAGAAACAGCAAGAACGACAGGGGAAGGCGCUCAAGGAUUCGGCCAAAAAGAGGCUCAACAAAGUUGGUCCUCCGAUCAAUCCUGAGGUUCGGCCCGCACAAUCCGAUCGAUCUGUUUCGGCACCUGAACUUGCUGGAGGUCAGAAACCUGGCGACAGGCUUGUUAAUCGUUCAACCAGCCACUAUCCUCCAGACUCCAUGACAAACCACCAUAACCAUCCAAGACAACCUCCAGCAGAGGCCAACACAAAACCAAAGAGUAAAGGUUUAUUCUCAAGCUUUCGCUUUUCCAGUAGCAACACUCCACCUGCGCAAAAGGUCCAGGUUGAAGAUUCAAACAACAGCAUGGAGGACGCCGGCUCUUUUAGAAGCGUCUCGGCUUUUCCAGAGCAAAUGCAAGGGCUCAGAGGUGACACGGCUUUUCUAAAUCCUCGCAAACCACCUUCAAUCAUGUCGACCCAGUCUACCUCAACUCAAUCACAAUCUUCACAGGAGCGACAAGCUGGGAAAAGUCGUAAGUCUUUCGGCCACGGUCGAAGCAAUUCUUUACUUGCCAAGAUUAGGGGACCUUCCUAUCUAUAUGCGAAGAGUUCCGAGCCCACUGAGGAGGAGGAGGAGGAGGUGGUGGUGGCGAGUCAGCAGCCUGAGAGUUUGGGUCAUUUUGGAGCAAGACCAAUACAGUUGGCACACAGCCAAGAAUUAAAUCAACCGGCGCUUGCGGCCCAUGUCAUUCAAAAAACAGAAGUCCAGCAUGUGAAUAUCACUCGGGGCAGGCAGGCUUUAGCGCACAUUAUUCAGCCAAGAGAUUCUAGUAGCGACUACGAGGACGCGCGCGUUACUGACUCCUGUCGUCAGCAUCAUGUCCAGCCACCGGUAUCAGACGCCCCGAUUGCCAAUGAAGGCCGGCGUCGACCGCCAACGCAUGUCGGACAAACCAGAUCUCAACACCAAGAUCUGAUUACAGUGCCGCCACCGAUUCAAGCAAACAUCCAAACCGAUGACCAAAAUAAUCGCGUCAGGGAGACUAGGCGCAACUUCCCGUCUCUGAACCAGCCAAAGAUGCCAAUCUAUCACCAAGUGGCCGUGCUCGAGCACCCAACACCAACGAUUAGCCCUGAAAGUGACAAAAGUUAUGCGACUGUAUACACAGAUGCUGUCGAUCGACUGUCUGAAAGUCACAGCCCAUAUAUAGAGCACGUCCCAUUUUCUUCAUCUGCUCAGACGUCUGUGACUCGACCAGGCUCGAGCACGGAAGACCGUGGUAAGCUCGAGUCGCCAUGUAGACCACCCGAAUCUGCUGUGCCGCAAAUCGCAGAAUUGAAAGAAACAAGUCGUGCGGGCUCUCAGGAUGCCGGUGUCAUCAAAAGAUCUAGGAGAUCUCCUAAGAAGCUUGUGACGUCUAUUGAUCAACAGUUACAGACGGCAGAAAGCCAAGCCGAGCCACAACAUCACACGCGGCAGAAAUCGGCAGACUACUUCGCCUUUAUCUCGGAGUCAUAUGCGCCACCAUCACUGGAACUUCGUUCGCCCAUUGAAGAAGAUUUUCGCUCAUUUCACAGUAUGGAGGAGAAGAUGACGGAAGACGAAUACGGAGAUAUUGACUUGAUAUGGACUGAAACGACGAGCCAAGGCCCAAAAGAUGGAGUCGAGGAUAGCAGUAAGGCUAUCGGAAAGCCAUCACAGACCGACUCAUUGCAAGAUGACAGGCUUUCAGAAUCCUGUGACUCCCCAACUCUCUCUGCUCAUGAUGACGUCUCAAUAAAGGUAGAAGAUAAGGCGCAAAUUCCCGGUCCUUCUCUUGAGGAAGAACCAAGUCAAAGCGUUUCGGAAAGGUCAUAUUCUUCAACAUACAACGAUCCAUUUUAUUCGCCUUCUACCGCGACCACACCUGAUAUUUCACGGCCUCAAUCGCAAGCAGGCGCAUCUGUUGACGAGGCAAGACCGAUGUCCAAUAGCGUCAGUAAUGGGUACGACAAAACGAUCAGGAGGUUGCAUCGCUCCAAAGUAUUGGAACUAUCCCAACGAUCUGCAAACCAGGUCACCUUGGAGCGAGGCGCUCCUCCUAACAGAAAGACAGGCUCGAUCAAAUCGGAAGACAGUCAUAAUGGUACACCGACAUCUCCCCAACCCAAGUACAUAGCUCAGAGUCCGUCAAUGAAAGAGAUAGAGAUGCUCAAAGAGGGUUCAGAAAUGCCAGAGGAGAUGGCAGAGAUCACACCGAUCGCAAGACGACAGCAUCUACCGCCUAAAGCUCAUUCUGCCAUCGACCUUGGCGAAAGUGUCUCUUCAUUUCCCGGGAAAAACUUGUCCAAAUAACAGUUCAGCUUCUCAAGGAUCAGCAGACACUUCUUCAUCAGGAGCAUACUUGCAAGAGGCUCGAAAAACGGCACCAACAACGAACGUCUCUACUCGUGCACUCCG